AUGCUGCUCCGGCCCCGGCGGCCGCCCCCGCCCGCGCUGCCCGCGCCGCCGUCACCCGCCAGCCCGGACUCCGAGCCGCGGCUGGCGGGGGGCGUCCCCGGGACCCCGCCCGGGAGGCCCGCCUCGCCCGGCGCGCUGGCGGCGCCCGCGCCCCCCGGGUCGCCCGCAUCCCCCGGGUCGCCCGUAUCCCCGGGCUCGGCGCAGCGUACGCCCUGGAGCGCGCGCGAGACGGAGCUGCUGCUAGGCACGCUGCUGCAGCCGACCGUGUGGCGAGCGCUGCUGCUAGACCGCCGCCAGGCGCUGCCCACCUACCGCCGCGUGUCGGCCGCGCUGGCCCGCCAGCAGGUGCGGCGCACGCCCGCACAGUGCCGCCGCCGCUACAAGUUCCUCAAGGACAAGGUCCGCGACGCGCACGGUCAGCCGCCCGGGCCCUUCGACGCGCAGAUCCGCCAGCUCAUGGGGCUGCUGGGCGACAGCGGGCGCAGACGCAGCCGCCGCCGCUCCCCCGGGCCCGGGCGACCCCCGCGUGGCCGCCGGCCAGCCCCCGCCGCGCCCGCUGAGCCGGGCGCCCCACCGCUGCCCGCCACCCGAGACGCCGACGCGGACCCCGCCUGGACGCUCAGAUUCAGCCCGUCCCCGCCCAAGUGUGCGGACGCGCCCCGCGCCCCCGGCUCCCCGACGGCCGUUUCCACAGUGCCCCCCGCGCCCGGCCGCCCCGAGGACCCCGAGCCCUUCCGCGCCCCCGGCUCGCCGCCGCCGCCGUCGUCCCCCGGCCCCACCCGGGAAGAUCCCGACUCGCCGCCUGGUCGCCCGGAGGACCACGUGCCCCCGCAGUCCGCGCCGCCGUCGCUGAACGCCGCCCUUCUGCAGACCCUGGGGCACCUGGGCGACAUCGUGUCCAUCCUGGGCCCGCUGCGUGACCAGCUGCUGACCCUGAACCAGCACGUGGAGCAGCUGCGCGGCUCCUUCGACCAGACCGUGUCCCUGGCCGUGGGCUUCAUCCUGGGCAGCGCCGCCGCCGAGCGAGGCGUCCUGGCCGACCCGCGCCAGUGA